UAGUUCACCACCCAACUCAAACCUCGAUCAAUCUUAUAAAUUGUUUUAGUUAGGUCAAGACUAUCAAUUCGUUAUUUUCGUUUGUUUUAUAUGUAUAAUCUUUCUAUAUAUAUAUCUUGGGUUUAAAUGUUACUAUAUUUUAAAAUAUAAAUUUGCAGUUAGUGCUACAAGAGUGAGCUUCACGAUGACGAGGAGUCUCUCCCAUAUUUGUCGUUGAAUAUUUGUGAAUUGCGGAUCACCACACGACCAUUUCCUUCCCUCUUUGUUGCCUUCUUGACAUCUUUUGUUGCUGCAACACUCAUUUUUUUUCAAUUAACCUUUUCUUCCUCAACGAAGUUCAAUUCUUCUUCCUUUUGCACGUAAGUUGGACAAUUCAAUUCAAUUAUCUUCGUAGCGGGUUUUCUUGUGUUUCAAACUGGCUAGGUGGUGGUUCUUGUAAAAAGCUAGCUUCCAUCUGGGUUUUGGCACCGUUGAUGUCUUUGGCCAUUGGGGUGGUCUCCAAUUGCAAAAGCAAUAUGGGUUUUGAUGACAACAAAGGCAAAGAGGUUCCUGAAAUGCAGCACUCGGGAAAAACGGUUCAUGUUCAUGAAGAUGAAAGUGGCGAUGAACGAGGCACGAGUCUCAGUAGACACAUGAGUGAAGGCUCCAUUGCUGCCACCGAGGAUGAAGAUGAGGACGUUGAGAGGAGGAUUGACUUGGGUCCCCAGUGCACCUUGAAAGAACAGCUUGAAAAGGAUAAGGAUGAUGAGAGCUUGAGGAGGUGGAAGGAACAGCUUCUUGGCAGUGUUGACAUGACUUCUGUUGGUGAAUCUCUGGAGCCAGAAGUGAAGAUACUGAGCCUUGCAAUCAAGGCGGCCGGUAGAGAAGACAUUGUUCUUCCAAUACCAGAGUCAGGAAAUCCCAGUGGCUUAUGGUUUACUUUGAAAGAAGGUAGCCGUUACAGUCUCAUGUUCACUUUCCAGGUCAGCCAUAAUAUCGUUUCAGGUCUCAAAUACACCAACACUGUAUGGAAAACUGGUCUCAAGGUUGACAGCACUAAAGAGAUGAUUGGAACAUUCAGCCCUCAAGCAGAGCCUUACACGCAUGAGAUGCCCGAAGAGACAACACCAUCUGGGUUAUUAGCUAGAGGGCAAUAUUCGGCUAGAUCAAAGUUUGUUGACGAUGACAACAAGUUGUAUUUGGAGAUCAACUACACUUUUGAUAUUCGGAAGGAAUGGCAUUAGGAAUGGCUCCGUAGUCAUUGUUAUUUGAGCUGAAAUCGCCUUCAGUGUUUACUUGUUUCUUUCUUCAUUGUUUAUUUAUCUCUAAUCCUGUCUGAAACCAGUAAUCUUAGCAAUAAGAAAGGGAUUUUUUUUGGAGGAAGAAAUUGAUAUUCAUUUAUUGGCGGAUAAUUUUGUCAACAACAUCUAGUAUGCCUCUUUCUUUGGGUGCUCUGUUUAAUUUUAAGUCUCGCUCUUUGUAACUACUAAGCUAAUAAGGAGCAUUUUUCUGAAUUUGUUUGUGCCACUA